AAAAAAAAAAAAAAAAAAAAAGAGAUAUUUAAAUUCCGUGACGAGCCUGUCUUUUCCCACCGGAAUUACCGAUCGUUACCUUCUGUUCCCCGAUACAUAUAUAUAUUCGACAUUCAGAACAAACUCCAUUGUCUUCCGCCCUUUAUUUUCGCAUAGCUGCAGGGUCGCUUCUUCUUUUGUACAACCGAGAAAAAAGCGCUUAAACAUGCAGUUUACGGAGGAGCAGGCGGCUGGGGUGAAGGCGUGGGUUGUGAAGAGGCUGGAGGAUAUAUCCGAUGCGGACUCCGAUGUAUUGGCAGAUUAUGUGCUCGCUUUGAUCCGCUCUGAUGCCCCCGAUGAAGAUAUACGGAAAGCCUCAGUGGAGAAUUUGGAGGAUUUCUUGAAAGAGAAUACCGCCACCUUCGUCGAUGAGAUCUUUGCCAAAUUCAACCCCAAAAAACCUGAACCUGUUCCAGCACAAGUUCAAAAAACGGGCCUGCAGCAACCUCCAGAAACCUCCACUUCCAAUUUGGACGCUGCACCACAGCAGCCACAGCAACCACCAUCACAGUCCAUGCCACCCUUUGCGCAGACACAACCCAUUACCCUUGGAACGAUGCCCAUGACUCCAUUUGGCCACGGACAAACCCCCGCCGGCCCCGACCAACAAACCAGAGGCGGCGCCAGCUCAGCAUCGAACUUCCAUCGAAAACGCGCCUUCAACGAAGGUCCACAGGCCGGCGAGGACUAUGAUUCACAUUACAACCUUGCCGAUCGACCGUUCAAAUCCAUGCGGGGUCGCCGUGGUGGGCGCGGGGAUGGUCGUAUGGUUAUAAAUAAUAAUAUUAGCAACGGGCGAGCCGGCCCUGUACAUCUAAACCCGCCGCAGCAGCGCCAACAACAACAGCAGCAGCAGCAGCAGCAGCAACAGCAACAACAACAGGCCCGCGGCGGGUUCCAGCAAAUGCCUCCUGUUCCCCCGCCGACUGGAUUUCCCCCCUUCAACCCCAGCGAUCCCAUUGCGGCCAUGAUGACCCUACAGGCGAUGGGGUUCCCGCAGAUACCCGGCAUGCCUCCGCUUCCUCAACUGCCCACGACGGCGAACGCGCCGGGCCCCAACCAGAUGUCUGCGGCGGGUGCUGCUGUUUCGCCGCCCGCGCCGCCGGCUAGUAUCCCGCAGAGAUGUAGGGAUUAUGACACACAGGGGUUUUGUGUGUUGGGGAGUACGUGUCCGUACCAGCAUGGGACGGAUCAUUUGGUGGCACCGGCGAGAGAUGAUGCAGAAUAUGAUCCGACGAAAUCCAAUAUUGUCAUGGAUAGACCGCGGAGUUCGAGUGCUACAAACGGCCAGGGCUUAGCUGGGCCUUCACGGGGUGGUGAUCGGGGCGGGCGAGGGCGUGGCCGUGGUAGGGGAGAUAGAGGCGGCUUCAGUGGUCCACGACGGAAUCGUGCGGAAUUUUCACAAGCCGGACCAAAUGAGGAUAGAUCGAUUACCACGAUUGUCGUCGAGCAGAUCCCGGAGGAUAAAUUUGACGAGACCAUCGUGCGCGAUUUCUUUUCUGAGUUUGGUAAUGUUGUCGAGGUUACUAUGCAGCCGUAUAAACACUUAGCCCUUGUGAAGUACGACAGCUGGGCUUCAGCACGGCGUGCCUGGGCUAGCCCGAAAGUAAUCUUCGACAACCGGUUUGUGAAAGUCUAUUGGUACAAGCCGGGAUCCAAAGCUGACACAAACGGAGCCGGCGGCCAUCAUCCUCAAUCCCCAUUAGCUAACAAGCCAGAUGAGAAACCCUUUGACCCGGAGGAAUUCGAGAAGCAACAAGCCGAAGCGCAACGGCUGCACGAGGAGAAGAUGAAGAAACGGAAGGAGACCGAGGAAGCCAGAUUAACCCUCGAGAAGCAGAAGGAGGAUCUCCUGAAGAGACACCAAGAGGAGAAGGCGAAAUUAUCCCAACGACUCGGCUCGUCUCAACAGCAGCAGCAGCAGCAUGAAACAGACGGAACGAACGGCGCCUCACCUGCACCCGGCGAUUCAUCUAUGGCAGAAGCAUCGUCGUCAUCUCCACAUGGAGAGGAAAACGUCAGCGAACAGACGAAGUCAUUGCGUGCGCAGCUUGCGGCGCUUGAGGCAGAAGCUAAAAGCCUAGGCCUCGAUCCGGCGCUGUCGGACUCGCAGUACCCGGCGCGGGGCGGCCGUGGGAGGGGAUGGGUUGGUGGUUAUCGGGGUGGGCGAGGUGCCUUUGCGCCCCGUGGCCGUGGGGGUUACGAUCCUUCGCUCCGGGGUGUUGGGACAUAUCGAGGCCGAGGCGGCGUGCGAGGGCGGGGUGGUGUGCUACGGCUUGACAAUCGGCCAAGACGCGUUGCCGUAUCUGGUGUUGUGUUUAAUCCUGAGAAGGAUGAGGCGCUGAGGCAGUUUCUUCUGGGCAUCGGCGAAUACGAAUCUAUAGAACCAAACCCCGACCAACCCGAUUCCCAAAUCGUCUCUUUCAAAGACCGCUACGUCGCCGAGAAGCUCAUGUACGGCACCACCGACAUCCCAUCGGUGGGCAAAGUUGAGUUCUCAUGGGUCGCCAAUGCGCCCUCGACGCCAGGGACCCGUGACGGUUCCGUAUUUGCGCCACCGCUUCUACAACAGCAGCAGGAGCAGCAACAGGGGCACGGGAGUGGACAUGGGCAUGCGGCAAAGAAGGAAGACGAGGAGGAUACGCAUAUGGGUAAUAAUGGUGUUUCGGGUAACGAGAGUGAUCCGAUGAUGCUGCGGAAGGAUGCGGGGGGUCAACAUGAGGUUGAUUAUGACGUGGCGGAGAUGGAUGAUACCUGGGCAGUUGAGUGAAGGAAGGAAGUUGAUGGGUUGAGAUACAUAAUUUUCCUCCUUCUUUCUCUUCAUCUAUGAUCAUUGUUACUACUAGCUUAUACAUUUUCUUUUUUUCUCUCUCUUUUUCCCAUUUACUGAUAUUACUAGAAUUGUGUAGGUAUUUGCUUCGUGAUAUUUUGUUGUUUCCGUUCUCAUUUCUAUUAUCUACUAACUCUGUAUUCUAUCGCUGUCUUCAGGAAGAGAAAAGAUUUAUUUUCGGUGGUUGCUAUUUCUUUUUAUAUCUUUUAUUUUUUAUUUUUUUGCAAUCUCUUUCUCCCUAGUGUUGCUAUUUACUCCAUCCGUUUCCCUUUCAGCUCCUCAUCCUCUCGCUGCCCGUUUCCAGUCGCAAACUUUUGUAUUUAUAAUGUAGAAUUCUACCCCAAGCUGGUCCAGGCGCUUAUAUAUAUCGACAUCGAGAUUAAUCAGCGCAUUAGGCCAGUACUUAUGCAUUCUCAGUUCUUCUACUGAAGACGAUACGCACGUAAAUAGACCUGCUGCUGUCCUUCAGUGGGAGAGAAAUACCGGAUAGAAUCCCAUCUCUAUAACUAGUGGGUGCAGAGGAG